GAGUUCCCUCGUUUUGGUUCGGGUCUCUCUUACCUCCCUCUCUCAACAAUGGUGGAAAUCGACGAUUACCAAGAACCAGCGGAAGCCAUAGAAGACGAUGAAGGGAAAAGAAUGGAAAGCGGUGUCUUCGAGCAGCUAAAACCCUACUGCUUAGAGCUUCUUGUGCUUCUCCAACAUCCAAAGAAGCAUUCCCCUGCCAUCCCUUCCUUGCUUCAAUUCCUUCGCCAAUCUCCACCCGAUGCUCUCCAGCCAUUCUUCGAUUAUACCUUGUUUCCGUUGCUGCUUCUACUGGAUGCUGCAGUUGCCUGCAGAUCCCCAGAGAAUGUUGAUUCUGGAAGAAUUCAGAAAUUUAAUGACCCAAAAGUACCUCAUAAAGUGAGUGAUGCCGUGGCAGAAGGUGUGCUUCAGUGUCUGGAGGAACUUCUGAUUAAGUGUCAUCUUGGCUCUGUGGAACAGAUGGUUGUAGUCUUGAAAAAAUUGACUAAUGGGGCUCUACUUUCUCCAUCUGAUGCUUCAGAAGAGUUUCGUGAAGGAGUUGUGAAGUGUUUCAGGGCACUACUUUUGAGUUUGUUCCCGUGCUCUGAUGAGUUUUGCACCUGUAAACAGGCCUUUAAUUUGCCUAUGCUUUUGGAAAGCAGAGAUAUGAAAUCUAUGCCUGUUAGAUCUGCAAAGUAUGACUCAGAACAACAUGAUUGUUUACUUGCAUUUCUUCAGUCUCAAGCUUCCUCAGCUGCUGUUGGACACUGGCUAUCUCUUCUUCUCCAAGCUGCAGAAACUGAGGCGGCCCGAGGACAUAGAGGCAGUGCAAAGUUUCGUAUUGAAACCUUUAUGACCCUGCGUGUACUUGUUGCUAAGGUUGGUACUGCUGAUGCUUUGGCUUUCUUUUUACCUGGCGUUGUUAGUCAAUUUGCAAAAGUUUUGCAUGCCUCAAAAUCAAUGGCUAGUGGAGCUGCUGGAAGUGUGGAAGCUGUUGACCAAGUACUUAGAGGUCUGGCAGAGUUUCUCAUGAUAGUUCUGCAAGAUGAUGCUAAUAUGUGUAGCCUUAAUGCUUCCAUGGAUAUUACUGAUUUUGUUUCAAACCAGUCUAUAUCCACUCAAUCUUUCAUGGAGGAGCUCCGAAACUUGCCAGUUAAGGCUCAUGGUCAAAGCACAUUUGUGGAAGAAUCGAGUGCUGAAGUCAAGAAAAUGAUUACUCCUGAAUCUGAAAUGAAUGGGCAGAGAACCAAUUCUGGCAAGGGAAUUGGAUCUUUGCAUGCGAAUCGGACAAAAGAAUGGAUUGAGAAAACUUCAGCUCAUGUGGAUAAACUAUUGAGUGCAACUUUUCCAAAUAUGUGCAUUCAUCCAGCAAAAAGAGUGAGACAAGGACUCCUAGCUGCUAUUCAGGGUCUGUUAUCUAAGUGCAGUUGCACACUGAAAAACAGCAGAUUGAUGCUUUUGGAGUGCUUAUGUGCCUUGGUUGUUGAUGAUUCUGUAGAGGUGUCAGCAGCAGCACAGGACUUUCUUGAAAAUUCAUUCAUGUCGAUUGGGAAAAAGUAUUUGGAGGAUGAUCUUACUCAGAUUUUUAGCAGACUCAUCGAUAGGCUCCCAAAAAUGGUGCUUGGGAAUGAUGAAUCUCUAGCAAUUUUACAGGCACAACAAUUACUCGUGAUAAUAUAUUACUCUGGUCCUCAAUUUUUGGUGGAUCGCCUCCUUCAGUCUCCUGUAACAGCUGCUCGAUUUUUGGAAGUCUUUUCCCUUUGUUUGAGUCAGAAUUCCGUAUUUGCUGGUUCUCUUGACAAGCUUGUGAGGACAUCCUCGGUAGGAUACCUUGACUCUGUUGCACAGCUGAAAGGUGGAAUUAAUUUGAUUGGUGAUCGCCUGACUAUAAUGUCUACUGCUCCUAAAAUUUCAGAGUCUGCAGUUAUUCAGGAAAAACAAGUAACAUACCAAGAGGAAAAUACCCAUAAGAAUUAUGAGCUCCCACGCAUGCCUCCUUGGUUUGUCUAUGUUGGAAGUCUAAAACUAUACCAGGCUCUAUCAGGAAUUCUAAGACUAGUAGGCUCAUCUCUAAUGGCAGACUUUAGAGGUGGAAUGCAUCUGUCACUUAUUACAGAAAUUCCUCUUGGUUACUUGCGGAAGUUGGUCUCUGAAGUCCGUAUGAAGGAAUGUAACAAAGAGUGCUGGCAGUCCUGGUAUAAUAGGAAUGGCUCAGGACAGUUGCUACGUCAGGCAGGCACUGCAGUGUGUAUUCUAAAUGAGAUGAUAUUUGGUAUAUCAGAUCAGUCUAAUAAUGAUUUUGCAAGGAGGUUUCAAAAGUCAUGGAAAAAGGAAAAUGAGAUUCAAGAAAUUGAUGAUAAGUUGUCUGAUAGUCAGCCUUAUAAAAGCAUGUUUACCAAAUCAAAGUGGAAAGUUUCACAUGAUAAGGGUGCAAGGAGUCAUCUGAUAGACUGUAUUGGUAGAAUAUUACAUGAAUAUCUAACCCCUGAAAUCUGGGAUCUUCCAAUAGAAAGCAAAUCUUCUGUUUUAGAACCUGAUUAUGAAGAUGGAGAUAUCUCUUUAUACUUCUUUCGUGAUACAGCUAUGCUACAUCAAGUUAUUAUAGAAGGAAUAGGCAUCAUUAAUAUCUGCCUUGGAGAAGAUUACUCUUCCAGUGGCUUUCUCCAUUCAUCUUUGUAUUUGUUGCUUGAGCAUCUUACCUCUUCAAAUUAUCAAGUCAGGAGUGCCGCUGAUGCUGUUUUACAUGUCCUUGCUGCUACAACUGGCAAUCCAACGGUUGGGCACCUAGUAUUGGCUAAUGCAGAUUAUGUGAUUGAUUCAAUUUGUCGGCAACUACGUCAUUUGGAUCUUAAUCCUCAUGUCCCCAGUGUGCUUGCUGCUAUGCUUUCCUAUAUUGGAGUAGCUAAUAAGAUUUUGCCCCUAUUGGAGGAACCGAUGCGCUCUGUUUCACUGGAACUUGAAAUUCUUGGCAGGCACCAACACCCUGAAUUAACUAUUCCCUUUCUAAAGGCUGUUUUAGAAAUUUCCAAGGCAGCCAGGCGCGAGGCUCAUUUAUUGCCUGAACAAGCCGAGUCUUAUUUUACUUACGUGAAUUCUAUAAGUAAUACCGAAGUGAAUGAAACAGCAGAAUCCAGUCAGGCUCUAGGACAUGAUAAUUCUGACAUUGAUACGGCUGACAUGGAAACAGAACAAUGGGAGAAAAUUAUGUUUAAGUUGAAUGACUCUAAGAGAUAUCGACGAACUGUUGGAUCUAUUGCCGGUUCAUGUAUUACGGCUGCAACCCCACUACUAGCUUUGGCAAAUCAAGCAGCUUGUUUGGUGGCCCUGGAUAUAGUUGAGGAAGGUGUUAUGGCAUUAGCAAAAGUUGAAGAGGCUUAUAAACAAGAAAAACGCACUAAAGAAGCAAUAGAAGAAGCAAUCCAGUCACGUUCGUUGUAUCAUCUUCAAGAUACUCUAGAUGCUGCAGAUGAAGGUUCUGAUGAGAAUAGGUUGCUUCCAGCAAUGAAUAAGAUAUGGCCCUUUUUAGUUGUAGGCGUUCAAAACAAGAACACAGCGGCUGUUCGUCGAUGUUUAAGUGUGGUAAGCAAUGUUGUCCAAAUUUGUGGAGGUGAUUUCUUUUCACGUCGCUUCCAAACCAACGGUUCCCACUUCUGGAAACUUCUCUCCUCAUCGCCGUUCCAUAGAACCAAUCUGAAGAAAGAGAAGAUCCCUCUACAACUUCCUUACCGAAACUUUUCCAAUUCUUCAGAAGACUUGAUGGCCGAAACUUCCAGCCUGAAAGUUCAGGUUGCUGUGCUGAACAUGAUUGCUGAUUUGGCCCGAAAUAAGAGAAGCGCUUCGGCAUUGCAAGUAGUCCUGAAGAAGGUCAGUGGUCUUGUGGUGGGGAUAGCUUGUAGUGGCGUGGUUGGACUGCGAGAUGCAUCUGUGAACGCUCUUUCCGGACUAGCUUCGGUUGAUCCUGACCUUGUGUGGCUUCUUUUAGCUGAUGUUUAUUACUCAAUGAAGAAGAAAAAAGACAUACCUUCACCACCUAUCUCAAGUUUGCCGGAGCUGUGUGAAAUUCUGCCUCCACUUUUGUCAUCAAAAGAGUACCUUUAUGCUCAGUAUGGAGGGCAGACUUAUGGUUUUGAUGUUGAAUUUUCUUCUGUUGAAACUGUAUUCAAAAAAUUGCACUCUCUUGUUUUUACUCACCAAAUGUACAGUUAAAAGACAUUGUUGUCAUAGUUAUAGAUAAGAAUAUCAUUUUUUUUU